AAGAAAAGCUGUUCUAAUCUAUCAAACUUAUAAGAUACGAUCAUUGUCUUAUAUUUUUUUAAAUCUUAUCUACUUCUUUUUAAUAUUCAUUUCAUCGUUCUGUUGUCGAUUUAAAUUGUCCGAAAUUAGGAAGAAAAAAACGAAAUGCUAGAAUUUAUUUGUUAUCUGAAAAUAACAUAUGCGUUAUAUAUGUAUGACAAAUCAAUGGUCUAAUGUUUUUAAGGUAUUGUUCAGCGAUUUGUUUGUGUAAUACGACCAAGUUCUCAUACACGUGCGAUACCAAUUCGAUUAUUUUAAGUAAAGUUGGGUUGCAGAGUGUACACUUACGCCUGACAGGGUCCAUUUGAACUUGAAUACAAUGGUCGCAUUAUUGUGAUCUCAUAUCAACGUUGAGUUUAUCGUAACACAGACUUUUCUUAUGUAUUAAGAAUAACAGGUCAGAAAUAUUGUUAGAGUGUAACGUCUGUCUAACAGGGAAGAUCAAUGACCUCAUAUUCAUGUUUUAUUUUCAACUAAAAUGAAAAUCAAUAAUAAUCAGGAGUGAAAGCUUACAUUUGUCGUCUGGUGGAAAUAUAAAAAUUCAAUCCUGGUAUCUAUGGUGAGUUUAUUUAGCCUAUUCGCUCUUUCUAUCUUAGACAAAAUAAGGCCCCUCGUAUCAUUAGUUGGUAUUGUUCUUUUUAAAUUUUGAAAAAGGUAUGAUGAAUAACAAGCGAUUAGAAGAGACUUGUGGAAACUGUCAUACACCUACGAUUACAAUUAAAUGUAUAGGUAACCUUUACAUGCACGAUCAUUUCAAACCGUCAUUCAAAAGCAAAUCUAACUCCUGUGGUGUGUUUCUGUAUUGCACAACGUUUUUUGCUUUAACCCAAUAUUAACAGCCACAAUAAACAAAAACGCUUAAACAAUUAGGAUAUGCAAUCACGUUAUUAUGGUUGCACAGAUUCAGUUGAAUGUUCAAUUCAGAUAUUUGUAUACAAAAAAAUCAAAAAUGAAAUAGUUAAGAUUUUAUUAAAAUGUUGAAACAAAAUCCUUGACUUUAUGAGUUACCAGUUAAAUAUACAUUACAUUAGUUGAAAUCGUAGACUUACUACAGACGCAGGCAUGACGAACAUGAUCGUAACUACAAAAAAAAGUACAUCGAGACGAAACUGACAUUAUGGACUUAAAAAAGAAAUCACUGAUUGGUAACCGGUAUAAAGUUAAUUGGCAAAGUCAGGUCUAAGCUACCGAUAUUUAAAAAAAAUAAAUUUACUAUAUAUCUAAAUUUUAUUUGACAGAUGAAGCACAUGCAGACCCAGUAAAACUGUACAGUAUGAAGGAAAUUGUAGAAGAAGAUAGAAUGGAUCUUUCAAAGGCACGUCAAUUAAGACAAGAUAACCAACGCCAUAGAAAGCUAGCAUGUAAAAGGAAAGAAGCAGAAACUACCAAUACACCAGUAAAGCGGAGUUUCUCAGUAUUUCAAAAUUCAGAAAAUACCAAUCCUCCUGGAAAGCUGAGUUUCACAGAAUUAUCAGUUGUAGAAAAUACCAACUCACCAGCAAAGCGGAAUUUGUCUGUAGUUCAACGUGAACAAUGCUUGGUUACAUUCAGUUAUAAAGGUUCAUUUGAUAUUGAAGAAUACCGAAAUUAUGCAAAAGAAGAAAAACAGAUGUCUGUUGAUUUCAUUCAGCCACUUCAAGACCAGGCAAUAGUGUGGGUGCCACCUCCACCACCAGAUCCACAUAAUCCUACAUGACGAUAAAAAUUGUUAUUGAAAGAAGAACAUUAUUCUGCGUAUAAAACUCCUUUCAAGGAGACAACUAUGAUUAACCAUUUAAACCAUCCCUUUUUUAAUGGUUUACAGUACUUGCAACCUUAGGCAUUACUGUUUGAGCAGAACAUCAUGACUGAAUGGUGAUGAUUGGUGUUGCAUGUUUGACUGAUCGAUGAAUGAUAAGUGAUCGAUAACCCAUAGAAUCCAUCAGAUACGUGAAAUAAGAUACGUGAGAGUUACCGUGACAACGGUCAGCGAUCUAUCAGUAAAUAAGUAUAUGCACGGUCAAUACGGAUAGGUAUAUAAUUAAAAUUGUUAUGUACAACGAACUCCGUAGUAUUUACAUGUCAUAAAAGUUGACCUCUACGAAGAUACCUUUAUUCGUUAUUUUGUAAUCAACUUUGUCGCAAUAACACAUACACAAUUUAUAUGAAUUACUUUUCACGCAUUAUAUGUAUUUUUUCAUCAUUGGUUCUCUAAUGUUUCUCCCAAACAGAUUACAUAAGUGCAAAAUAAUGUCAUGCUCAGAACGCUUUUAUAUCAAUAAAAAGAGAUAAAAAUGUUA